GUCUUUGUCAAAUGUCAACGUCAAAUGUCAACUUCAAGCUGCCAUUAUUGCUCCCUUCAGGAAAAUAUUUUUACAAAAAGUCAGAUGAUAGCAAACAAAUGGUAAAUAGUUAAUAGGUACUGACGAAUUAUUUAACAAAAUUCAAAAUGUCCACUAGUGCAGAGCCUGAAAAAGAUAUUAAAUUCAAUUUGUUUUACACUGAGGUAAAGGAAAUAGAAAAACGAGACUCUGUACUCACACCCAAACAACAAAUUGACCGAUUACUAAGACCAGGGUCAACAUACAGAAACUUAAACCCCUUUGAUGUGCUUCAAGUUGAACCUGAAACUGAACUUGAUGAAAUAAAAAGAAAAUACAGAAGAUUAUCAAUAUUAGUUCAUCCAGACAAGAACCAAGAUGACCCAGAUAGAGCCCAACAGGCAUUUGAAGCUGUAAACAAAGCUUGGAAAACUUUAGAAAAUGAAGAUACCAGAAAAAAGUGUAUGGAUAUUAUUGAAGAAGCUGUAGGAAGGACAGAUUUAAUGCUGACAGAGAAGAGAAAGAAAGCUAAAAAAGAGGGAAAAAAUACAGUUCCUGAAGAUGAUCCUGGACAAUACAAACAUGCUGUGUAUGUUCUGACAAUGAAACUAUUUGCAGAUAUGGAACGAAAGAGGCGUGAGCUAGCAGAGAGGGACCAAGAGGAGAGAAAGAGAAAAAGGGAAGCAGAAAUUGAUGAAGAAGAAAAGGCCAAAGCACAGAAAGAGUGGCAGAAGAAUUUUGAAGAAUCACGACAAAACAGGGUAAACAGCUGGCAGAAUUUCCAGGCCAACAAGAAAUCAAAAGAUAAAACGAGUAAAAAAAUUAAAACCUUUAAGCCACCAAAAAAUAAACCUGAGUCUAGAUAGGUGGAACGUGUGGACAGGUGUGGAAUAGUUUUAAUAAGUGUGUAGUAUAUAUUCUUUUGUUACGAUAACAAAAAUGAUGACUUGAACUGUUUAUCUACAUAAGGGAGUACGUUUAUGUAUUCGUUUUGGAUUAAUUUCGUUUUUAACAAAUGCAAAAAGUUUAUGAUACACAAGAAGCAUAAAAGGCGCAGAUUUUUUUGUGGUUUUACUUUUUUAAUAAUUUAUUUGAGAUAUCAAAUUGACAAUGGUCGCAUUCUGGAGACGAAAAAGUGAGGGAGCAGUUCCCGAUGGAGCGGUAACAGUUGUGUUUCAUCUUGUGAAUGCUCUGUUCCCUAAAUUCGUGACAGCCUAUCACUUUCUGUUAUAUGUGAGGUUAUAUACUUGCCUCUGCACAAUAAAUUGUUUGUUACUUCAUAAUCAUGGUCACAGACCAUGGAUUGUUUACUGUCUGCGCUAUUUUCCAAUUGAUAAAUAGUAGGUCUGGAUCCCGCGUAUGAAAAAAAGGUUGAUUAAUAGCAAGCUGAAAUUUUGUUAAUAGCUUAAGGAUGUUUAGUCGGAUAAACUUUGAUAUAUGGGAACAUUGGAACAGGAGCAGUUUUAAUUGUGGAACAGGUUAAAAAUUUGGAACGGUCACACCACGAAAACGGCACAUUUAUUUUGUCCGACAGAACAGACUUGAACUCUCCGAACAGAGAUUAAACACUCAUGCAAAAAUCAGACUGCUACUAAUCACCUGUCAUAAUUCCUGUCAUUUUACAUAUUCUACAUGUUCCACUCAUUAAAACGCCCAUUUGGUGAUAAGUAGCAGUCUGAUUUUUGCACGAGAGUUUAAUCUCUGUUCGAAGAGUUUAAGUCUGUUCUGUCGGACAAAAUACAUGUGCCGUUUUCGUGGUCUGACCGUUCCAAAUUUUUAACCUGUUCCACAAUUAAAACUUCCCCUGUUCUAGUGUUCCCAUAUAUCAAAGUUUGUCCGACUAGACAACGUUAAGCUAUUAACAAAUUUUCAGCUUGCUAUUAAUUAACUUUUUUUCAUACGCGGGAUCCAGACCUAUAGGACUUGACGCCAUGUUUCAACAAGUCUAUUGACAAAUUCACAAAAGUAGCAUACGUUGGACGGAGAUAGCAGAAUUAUAAUGAGUUCACAUUCAGAGAAAGAAUUCCCAACAGUUGUAGAACCACUCCGUCAGUUUUUCUUCUCCUGAAUGCAACAAUUGAUUGAAAUAUUGUCUGAUAUUCAUUGUGGUUGUUACUGAAACAAGAUUUGUGUAGUUAAGAAAAAAGAAACUCAAUUUAUUACAAAAUCAGACAAUUCGAUAGGAUGUUUUUUGGACCGAAGUGUUAACAAUUCUACCCUAAGGUAUUUUUAUAAGUGAAUUUUUUAAAUUUCUGUUGAUCAUAUCCCAUUUUGCUUAUAAAAAUACAUUUAAUCAACGAAAUAUCUUGUACAGUAUACACUUUUAGCCAUUUUUAUUUUAUAUAUUUUCUUGAAAAGUAAUUGUUAUUUUUUUCUAAAUAAAGGACCUAAUUGGUUUUUUC